GUCUAGGAAACUAAAUAUUUUAAGAUUUGCGCAAUUAUUCGAAAAUUCAUUCAAUUGUUUCUCCAGGCGUAAAAAACCGUUGCGCAAUUAUUGCACGAUUUUCGUGCCCCUAAUCAAUUUUUUAGCGUAGUUAUUAGAAGCCUAAGUUCUCAUGGGGAUUCACUCUGUAUAAAGAUAUAUAGCCUGGUAAAGGGAAAAAGAAGAAUAACAAGUUUUUUAUCUUCUGAAUCUUCAAACCAUUCAGUUUGAAGAUGUCUCUCAAAGAGAUUUUAGUAUUUUUGCCGGUUCUGUGUUGUAUACUGAUAAAGGUUCAAGAAACAAACUCCGCUCCACUUAAAAAGGUUGGGGAUGCACAAUCACCACUUCUCAGUGUCAGAGAAUCUGUAGAACUUCAUUUUCUGCAGAACGGUGGUGGAAAACUUCAAGAGGAUGGGGGAAUUCAUGGUUCAAAAGACUGGUUUGAAAAAGCUCAUGUAACCAGGGAAAAGAGAUCUCCUAAAAAGAAAAAGCAUUCCUCCGAAGAAAAUUCUUCUGGCGAAAAGAAGAAGAAGGGAUCAAAGGAAAAGAAGUCAAAAGAGAAAAAAUCUAAAGAAAGUAGCAGUUCUGAAGAGAGUAGCAGUUCAGAAGAAAGCUCAUCUAGCUCUGAGAGCGAAAGUUCUGAAGAAACCACAACAACAUCUUCAACAACAACCACCACAGCAACUACUACAACAACCACCAUCACCACAACGUCAACUACUGCUACAACAACCACUACUACAAGUUCCACAACUACUUCUACUUCAACAACAACAACAACAACAACAACAAAAACAACAACAACAACAACAACAACAGCAACAACAACAAAAGCAGCAGCUUAACAUAACUUUAGUGCUUAAACAAGACAUAAAAGAAAAAAAUUGGCAUAGACACAUCUCACA